GUGCCCACCGCGCCUGCCGCGUAGUCAGCCGGAGAGCGCGCCAGGCGGCAGCUAAAGAGGCAGUGGCUCCCGCGGUCUUAGCGUUGGGGCUGGGGCGAUGGCGGCGACCGCGGUGGCUGCAGGGGCGGGGGCCGUGGCGGGAACCGAGUCGGCCCAGGGUCCCCCGGGCCCGGCGGCGGCGCUGGAGCUGUGGCUCAACAAAGCCACAGACCCAAGCAUGUCGGAACAGGAUUGGUCAGCUAUCCAGAAUUUCUGUGAGCAGGUGAACACUGACCCCAAUGGCCCCACACACGCGCCCUGGCUACUGGCCCACAAGAUCCAGUCUCCGCAAGAGAAGGAAGCUCUUUAUGCCUUAACAGUGCUGGAGAUGUGCAUGAACCACUGUGGGGAGAAGUUUCACGGCGAGGUGGCCAAAUUCCGUUUCCUGAACGAGCUCAUCAAAGUGUUGUCCCCAAAGUACCUGGGGUCCUGGGCCACAGAAAAAGUAAAAGGAAGAGUCAUUGAAAUACUCUUUAGUUGGACAGUAUGGUUUCCUGAAGACGUCAAGAUCCGAGACGCCUAUCAGAUGCUGAAGAAACAAGGAAUUAUAAAACAAGACCCUAAACUGCCAGUGGAUAAAAUCUUACCCCCACCAUCUCCCUGGCCCAAGAGCUCCAUCUUUGAUGCUGAUGAAGAAAAGUCCAAGCUUCUGACAAGGCUUCUGAAAAGCAACCACCCCGAGGACCUUCAGGCUGCAAACCGGUUGAUCAAGAAUUUGGUCAAGGAGGAGCAAGAAAAAUCGGAGAAGGUGUCCAAGAGGGUCAGUGCAGUGGAGGAAGUGCGAAGCCAUGUGAAGGUACUGCAGGAGAUGCUGAGCAUGUACCACAGGCCAGGGCAGGCCCCGCCUGACCAGGAGGCCUUGCAGGUUGUAUAUGAGAGGUGUGAAAAGCUGAGGCCCACCCUGUUCCGGCUGGCAAGUGACACCACUGAUGAUGAUGAUGCACUUGCGGAAAUUCUCCAGGCAAAUGACCUCCUCACUCAAGGAGUUCUGCUGUACAAACAGGUGAUGGAGGGCCGGGUCACCUUUGGAAACACAGUGACUAGCUCAAUGGGAGACAUCCCUGUUUCUAGAGUCUUUCAGAAUCCAGCAGGCUGCAUGAAGACCUGCCCCUUGAUUGACUUGGAGGUGGACAAUGGACCUGCACAGGCGGGGACUGUGGCGCCAUCUUUGCUUCAUCAGGACCUGGCAGCCUUGGGAAUCAGUGAUGCUCCUGUUACAGGCACGGUUGCUGAUCAGAAUUGCUAUGAGGAAAAGAGGAAUCCCUCCGCCAGCACGCUGCCAGGCAGUGGCAUUCAGAACCCUUCUGCAGACAGGAAUUUGCUGGACCUCCUCUCACCACAGCCGGCUCUGGGCCCUCUGAAUUAUGUUUCGCAGAAAAGUAUCCCCAAGGACGUGCCACCAGGUACUAAGUCCUCUCCAGGUUGGUCCUGGGAGGCUGGCCCGUUGGCCCCUUCCCCAUCUUCACAGAAUACACCUCUGGCUCAAGUGUUUGUCCCUUUGGAGUCUGUUAAGCCCAGCAGCCUGCCGCCUCUCAUUGUGUAUGACCGGAACGGAUUCAGAAUUCUGCUCCACUUCUCCCAGACGGGAGUCCCUGGCCACCCAGAGGUGCAAGUGCUGCUCUUGACCAUGAUGAGCACGGCUCCCCAGCCUGUCUGGGAUAUCAUGUUUCAAGUGGCUGUGCCAAAGUCAAUGAGAGUGAAGCUGCAGCCGGCCUCCAGCUCUAAGCUUCCUGCAUUCAGUCCUUUGAUGCCUCCAGCUGUGAUAUCUCAGAUGCUGCUGCUGGACAAUCCACACAAAGAACCUAUCCGUUUACGGUACAAGCUAACAUUCAACCAAGGUGGACAGCCUUUCAGCGAAGUAGGAGAAGUGAAAGACUUUCCAGACCUGGCUGUCUUGGGUGCAGCCUAACUUCACAAGACAGACCCUUCAUUUCAAGCUUAGGAUGGUGUUACUUUUGCUGUCUAGUCAGGACUAAUCACAGUGUUUCAGUGCAGUGCCAAGAGUCCUAUCCUGACGUCAGGCUCUGGGUGUCAACCUCUGACUUACUCUGCAGAUGGGUGUGUGUGUGUGUCUGGUUGUCAACCUCUGACUUAUUCUGCAGAUGCUGUCUCUGUGUGUGUCUGGGUGUCAGCCUCUGACUUAUUCUGCAGAUGGGUGUGUGUGUGUGUGUGUGUGUGUGUGUGUGUGUGUGUGGUUGGGGGAGAGGGUGGUAGUGCAGGCUUGGGAUAUCAGCAGUAUCAUCAUCUCUGCUACAAUCAUGUUUCUGCAUGUCAGCAGACACUGUCCCUGCCUCAGGUUGGAGGUUUUAUAAGCCAAAGUUUUUUUCCGUGUAUUGUUCGUUCCAUUAAUCCACUGUGCCUUGUCAGCCUUUGAAAGUCUUGGUUGCUCCCAGGCUGCUGUUCUCAGGGACCUUAAAAGGGACCUGGUUAGUCUUGGGGCAGAGAGUAUCUUCUGGGGCACUCUCUUCCAAGAAAGACCUUGUCUCCAUUUUCAUUAGACAAUGCUUCUUGUGUGUGUUCUGGAAGAUCUUCUAAAUGGAAUGCUUGUUGCAUUGUUCCCAGGUGAGUGGCUGCCAUGAGACCUGAGGACCAUGCUUGGGGGACCAAUCAUGUCCUUCACCAUUGUGCCUUAGAAUUGCCCCGAGACAAGACCUUUGGGCAGAGGGGAAAGCAGCUCCCAGGCCUUAUUCAGGUCUCAGGUCCAUGGGUUGGGCAGCCAGUCUGGGCCCUUCUCAGGACCCUCAUCUCCAUCCUCAAUUAUCCUCUUCACAACAUUUGCUUCGAGCUCUUUGUCACGGACACCAUGUUGGUCAUGGUGAAUUGGCCAACAGCCAGCCCUUGCCAGUUAACAUCACAAUCUAAGAUGAGGAACUGUGGUGCAGAUAGACAUGAAGAGAGCUUAGUAGUGAUUGAGGUGGUGACUAAAUAUACAGUCAUUGAAUAAAUACCAUGUAGCAAGUGUACUUUGUAGAGUCUUGAGUAAGUUGCGUUUAGCGAUGAUAGGCCUAAAGGGAAGUAUCUUCUGUCCAGAAGUAAAAGAAACUUCAUGAAGGAUGUAGAAGCUUAACUGCCUCCGUGAAGAGAGAACCUGAAGAUCUGAGGAAAGCUGGACAGGAGAGGUGGAUAUUGCAUUUGUAAUAUGACAGAAAAAUUCGAGUUUAUAUUAGUGACCACUUACUGUGUGCUGGGAACUUGAAUGUGUGUUGACAAGUCCUGCUUGGCCUGAUCGGUGGGAGAAGGAACCUGAGGCUGGCUGAGAUGGCCAGGCAUCUGACCCGGCUGGGUGGGUUUCUACCUCUGAAACUGCAAGGCGCUGUUUGGAGCUCUUCAUCACAAUAUCUGAUAUUUUUACAGUGUGAUCUUUUGACUUCUACAUGUAGUGGAAAUCUGCCAACACUAAUUGGUGGAGAUGGGAACUGUAAGAUAUCAGGUAUGCUAAUUUUAAGCAAAUGUGAAAGCUCAUAAAACAGAUAAACAGUGGGGUGAUUUCAUUUGCCAUAAUUCACAUAAGACGAAUUGUAAUCUAAAAGUACUUUCUUGCUUGUGUUCUGUGUAGUUAUCCCCCCUCCCCGCUUUUCUUGAGGCCAAGUCUCACACUGUUGCCCAGGCUGUAGUAGUGCAGUAGUCUGAUCUCAGCUCACUGCAAUUUCUGCCUACUAGGUUCAAGCAAUUCUUGUGUCUCAGCCUCCCAAGUAGCUGGGACUACAGGCCUGAGCCACCAUGCCCAGCUAAUUUUUAUAUUUUUAAUAGAGACGGGAUUUCACCAUGUUGGUCAGGCUGGUCUCGAACUCCUGACCUCAGGUGAUGCACCCGCCUCCGCCUCCCAGAGUGCUGGGAUUACAGGCGUGAGCCACUGCACCUGCCCUCUAUUUAGCUUUUAUAGGCUCUUUUGCUGUUUCAUAGUCUGGAAAGAGGUACCUAUCAUAAUGGGUAACAGCAUCUCCCUAUGAAAGGUUUUUGGUUAAAAUGGGUGAAUGAGACUUAAAGUCAGGCCUUCUCCCCUAUAGUUCAAAGGUAGACUUGUGUGUAUACCUGAACAUUCUUGCUUUUGAGGAGACAGACUCGUAAUGGUACUACUGUGCUUAGGUGUUGGACAGGAUAGGGGUGGGAGGAGAGAAGGCAGGCUGCUGUCCUGAAAGUGGCUGUGGUUUAUGUCAUCACUGCCUUCUAAUCAGCAAGUCCAGUGGCCACUUAGAACCCAGCUCCUACCUCUUCAUUCACUCAACAAGUAGUUAAUUGGCCAGGCGCAGUGGCUCACGCCUAUAAUCCCAGCAUUUUUGGAGGCUGAAUGGGAUGAUCGCUUGACCCCAGGAUUUCAAGUCCAUCCUGGGCUACAUAGUGAGACCUUGUCUCUAUUUAAAAAAAAAAAGUUAUUGACAAGCUUCCCUGAGCCAGGUACCACCCUGAAGGAGCUUCUGUUCUUUGGGGAGAAGCAAAUUCAUGAUGUGUGUGUUGGAGCUCUGGCCCUCAUGGCCAGUGCUUUCCAGUAUCCUGAACUCUGCAGGGUUCCCUGUUUAUCCCUAUUUCUUGACCUACCUCUAUGACUGCUCUUACUCCUCUGUCCCUUAAGUGUGGUGGUUUUCCAGAGUCCAGUCUUCAGGACUUGCCCAUCCACACGCCUGGCAGUCAGGUGGCUCUAAACCAUGUAGAUGGAUUAUAGAUCUCUCUCAAGCUGCCACCUCAUUGCUGAGCCCAGAUGAUAUUUCAUUCUGUCAGUGGGUAUCUGUAGCUGGAGAUUCCACUGUUGCUUCAAUCUCAGUUACUUAGAAUGGAACCCACAGUCCUGCCCUUUUCCACCUACAUGCUCUUACUUGGAAGCACCUGAGACUUACUGGGUCCCUGAUUCCUGCUUCAUUGUAUCCACAGAGUAAUUUCAUGUCAUGUUGCCUGUUUUCUGCAUAAUCCCAUAUCACAUCCUCCCUGCACUUACAUUGUCACUGCUCUGGUUUGGGCUUUUUGUUUUCUUUUUUGACAAUGCCUGUGUCCCAAUUCUGAGUACCAACUGCAAAUCUGAGCAUUUGACCAGGUGAAAAAUUCUGAAUGGCUUCCUGAUACUUACCUGCUUACGGGAUCAAAUUCAAGUUGCACAUUGGCACUCGGUGCCCUUCUGGUAUCAUCUGCCAAGACUAGGGCCUGCUUCACCACAGCCACAAUAAAGUCCUUUCAAGCCCUGAUAA